AUGAGACUUACUUCGAGCAAACUGUGGGAUCGACGGAUUGUCUGUUCCCGAUACUCUUUUUCUAAAACCACCGACGAUCUAGCCAGGCUUCGGGUGGCGCUGGCAGUCGCUGCUAGACAGUGCCACGCGAUUCGCCUGUACUGUACUUCAAGGCUGGUGAACAAAGGUCAGCUUGCCAUUUAUCCGCCAUUUAUACCUAUCGUUUCACCUCUGCCUGCACUUCCAGUUAUUAUCGAUGCUAAGUGUUAAUGCUGUUUUGAUAUCAAGCAGAAUAUUAUUAUCAUCACUAUUAUUUUUACGAUCAGAAUUUAAAUGUUUUGCACUGCAGUAUUUAGAACUGAUUUUCGUGUCACACACACACACACACACACACACACACACACACAGCUCUAGAUAGAUAUAAGAUGCAUACACAUAUGCUAGGCUAAAUUUUUAUUGUAUGCCAGCGCCGUUGCUGUUGUCAGAAUAUCGCGAGCCUCUUCGAGCACCAUCCGUUGCAGCUGCAACGCGAGCGUUCCAAUUCGAAUCUUUCAACGCUCGGCCAGGAGAACGCCAAACGCGCGCACGCGCACUCCCUCUUUCUCUGAGGGGCCGGGCCUUGGAAUCCUCCUCCCCUCCUGCGAAGGGGCGCGCGCUCGCCGCGCACUUCCGAGACGGUGACGUAACUCGGAAGGCGGGUCGAGUCGCAGUGACAUAUACGGAAGGGCACGUCACGCUCCUUUGCAGAGCAGCCGCCGCCGCCGAGGCUCCAAGAGGUGCAACUUCAGACCCGGCAGGCGGGUGAGUGAGAGGAGCGCAUUACUGGUCAGGCUCAGCGGGGCUUCCUUUGGAGCGACUGCCCUGUAGAGACAAACACGCAGGAGCCCUUCUUAGGCGGGAAGAGGGAUCGGGGCUCUUUCUGCUCCCUGCGGUGGUUUUGGGGGUUCCAGUGCCCCCUCCGUCUUGGGAGGGACCCCUUUCAAGGUGGAGGGAAGAGAGAGGGCCCCUCUUCCAGGUCGAAUGGCUUUUCUUAGUUUGUUUCCGUGGGUGACAUGGUGAACCGUAUGUUCAUCUUUUGGAAAAGGAUUCGCCUGUUGCAGUGCCAAAAGAGUUUUGGUGGUGCCUUAAAAGAUGAACGAAUAAACUGCGGUGUGAGGUUUUGUGGUCUACAGCGCUAAUCCCUGGGAUGGGUUUGACUCUUGAUGAAUCUGGUGAAGUGGGAGAAUCAUAGCUCAGGGAUAGAGCAUCUGCCUUGCAUGGGAACCGGUCCCUGGUUCAACCCCAGAUAUCCUCAGGUGGAGCUGGGAGAGACUGACUCCCCUGAAACCCACUGCCAGCCAAGUGUAGACGAGCUGAGCUAGGUGGCUCAGUAGUCUGACUUGGUAUGAGGCAGUUUUCUGGGUUCCUAUGAACCUACAACAGGUUGUGCUCUAAUUGAUUGGUCACUCUGCAAUCCUAAGCAUGCCUACUCAGAAGUAAGUCCUGUUGAAUUCAAUGGACCUUUCUCCCAGGUAAGUGGGGUUAGGCUGACAGCUGAAGUCUCUUUCAGGGCAUAAUCCUAUUGUUUUUACUCUUUCGUUGAUGCUACUGCUGGAGAUUUAUAGAACAACUCUAUAUGGAAAGUAAUCCCCAUUCUGGGUCUCACUCUGAGAUAAGUGGGUAUAAGGUUGCAGUUUUUCUACCUCCGUAACCCGCCCCCCCAACAGUCCAACUAUAUGUAAAAAAAACCCCAUGAAAGAAUAACAUGAUCCUACAUUACUCAGAAGUAAGCCCCAUUUAAUUGGAAUUUACAGGUAAGUUCCUAGGAUUACAGCAUAUCCUACUUCUAAGUAGAUAUGCAUAGGGUUGAACUGUUAAGCACUUUUUCAGAAACCCUGGAACAUACUAGGGAAUAAGGAAGAAUCUGUUCCAACUGUAAAGGGUUUCACCUUUGAGAUACUUUAUAGGAAGGGUAUAAAUAUUGAUGAUAAGUAUGGUCAUUCACGUGUGGUGGUUAUGUGUAUAUUUGUUUACCUAUACACAGAGAGAGCGCUAGGAAGUAGGGCCUAAGUGGGAAUGUCUUGCUUCCACUCUCUUCAUUUAGUUGGGCCAUGAAAAUGAACCUGCUUUAUGGUUUCUGUUUUUAAAGGUAGGGUUCCCCCUUCUCCUCCUCCUCCUCCUCCUCCUGUCAUGGGAGAGGUGACAAUAAUUACAUCUUCCUCUUUUGAUGAAAUACCUUGUUUUUCCCAACACCCUUAGUAAUUAUGAGAAGGACGGGGGAGUUUACUGACAUCUUUAGAGAAGUUCCUCCCACUACCUUUUUCAUAUUGCCAAAUAAUCCAUAUGGAUAGACCAGGAACUUCCUGUGUGUGUUCAGAAACUCAUACAAGGAAUGGCUAGAGAAACUCCAAAAAUAUAUAUUUUGAAAGAGGGCUAGGCUAGAAUGCUUCUUUCUGAUGUGCUACUUUUCUGCAGGCAAGGAGUUUUGUAUCAUCAUUAUUUGUGGGGAGGAGCAGUCAAUAAUGCGAAAGAUCUUGCCUUGUAAUCUGAAGUGGAACACUCCUAGGUUUGCCACUUCAGUGAAAACUAGGCUACAUUUCUUCAAGUUUUUUUUAGACAUCUUUUCCAAAUGAUUCUCAAAGUGGCUUUCAAGAGCAGUAAACAGAGUUAAAAAAAUAAAGCAGAAACGCUGAUAUAUUGAUGACUAACACCUCCAUCAUAUUUCCAGCUGUGUUAAUCUUGUUGCAGCAAGAACAACAAAGUCAUGUGGCACCUUAAACAAAGUUUAUGAUGGCGUAAGCCUUCACGGACCACAGUUUGUUUUAUCAGAUGCACAAAGUGUUAUCCUGAGUUACAGGUGCAUAUAGUCUUCAUAUUAUAUUACUACUAUAUAGUCAUAAUUAUCAUUCUGUCACUUUUAUUAGUAUGAGUCACUUUUUCUCAGAAAGGAGAACAUGAAUUGACCUACAAAAUUAAAAGCUAGUGUACCUCAGGUUACAUACGCUUCAGGUUACAUACGCUUCAGGUUACAUACGCUUCAGGUUACAGACUCCACUAACCCAGAAAUAGUUCUUCAGGUUAAGAACUUUGCUUCAGGAUGAGAACAGAAAUCCGGCUCCGGCGGCGCAGCAGCAGCAGGAGGCCCCAUUAGCUAAAGUGGUACUUCAGGUUAAGAACAGUUUCAGGUUAAGUAUGGACCUCCAGAACGAAUUAAGUGCUUAACCUGAGGUACCACUGUAUUAUGUAUAAAACAGAAGAUCCAACUCAACCCCGCUCUACUAAAAGAAGCAAAAAAUUAAAGUCCACAGGUCUGGGUGAAUAAAAAUGUAUUUGCCAGGCACCUAAAACAGAUAGUGAUGGUGCUAACAUGCCUCUCUGGGGUGAGCAUUACACAAACAGGAAGCUGCCAUUAUUUAUUUUAUGGAGUACAGCAUUCCCUCCUUUUCUGCUGUGUUCUAACCCCACCUCAGCCUUUUCCUCCCACUGCCCCAGUAGCAGCCUUCCAAAUAACCCCACUAAAGUUAUUAGUCUGCCCAAAAACCAAAUGCACACCCUGUUACCUUGCUGGGGGUUAGGAUGAAUAGCUUUGUCCCUCUUGCAGCAACCUACUACAUUUCUGUGCUGAGUGCAGAGGAGGGACGGGGGCACUGCAUUCCUCCUACUACUUCAUGUGGAGUUCCAGGUCUCCUAUGGCUGCUGGGCAAAUGUAUAAAGACAAGGCACUGUCCAAGAGAAGAGAAACAGCCUUCAAACCACUGAAACAAUUGCUAAGAGAGAAGGCAGAAAGCCUUCUUCCCUUUUGCCCCAGUAAUGCUAGAGGGGUUACUGUAACUGAGGGAGGAGAUAUGUAACUGACACCACAGUCCAGUACAUGUCUAUUCAGCUCCAUUGAGUUCAGUGGGACUUUCCCAGGUAAGUACUGCAGAAUUGCACCCUGAAACUUUUUUUUCCACAGCAACUGGUUGGAGCAACAAUAGUCAAUUGAACCGUCUUUUGCUUCAGCCUUGCUGGCUACAUGAGGAAUUGCUGCUUUGCUGCAGGAGUUAGUUCUGAAUUCUUCUUUAUUUGCACAUAAAGGGUGGCAAAAGCUUUGUGGGCAGUACUGUAUAGGAGCCCACAUGCCCAUGGACUCUUGCACAAUUAGCAAUGCUAGUAUGGCAGGGCCAUCCUCUGCAGAGAUUAAUUUUAUUAUAGGGUUUUAAAAUAUAUUGCUCUUCCAUGAAAAUUGCCUUGCGUAAGAAUACGCAAUUGAAACAGAAAUCCAAACAAACCUGAAAGAACAUAGAGGCAGGUGGAUCUUAAAAGCCAGGUUAGUAAAAGGUAAAGGGACCCCUGACUAUUAGGUCCAGUCAUGACUGACUCUGGGGUUGCAGUGCUCAUCUCGCUUUAUUGGCCAAGGGAGCCGGCGUACAGCUUCCAGGUCAUGUGGCCAGCAUGACUAAGCCACAUCUGGCAAACCAGAGCAGCGCACGGAAACGCCGUUUACCUUCCGGAGUGGUACCUAUUUAUCUACUUGCACUUUGACAUGCUUUCGAACUGCUAGGUUGGCAGGAGCAGGGACCGAGCAACGGGAGCUCACCCCAUCGCGGGGAUUCGAACCACUGACCUUCUGAUCGGCAAGCCCUAGGCUCUGUGGUUAUACACUGGGCCAAUAUUCUAUCAUAUUACAAUCAAUAAAACUGCAAAGGUUCCUCCAUAACUGCUGUGAAACAAGGCAUGGUGACCCUGGGGGCCUCCAGAUGCUGGACUCCCCAUCAGCGCCAGCCGGUAUAGUGAGGAGUUGGCCAUGAUGAGAGUUGUAGUCUAGCAACAGCUGGAGAACCAGAGAACCUUCAUUCCUUCUGUUAUGGAUCAGUAAGAUGCAUGUUCAUCCAAAGACGACCCUGUGUCCCAAAAUUCCGGUGUCUUCAGAUUGUAUUUUAAAACAUACCUGUUCAAAAAGGCAUUUGAUGGCUGAAAGAUAACUGUUCCCAGCAGUUAGUUGUUCCAGCUGGCAUCCGCCUGUCUUGGGAGACAAUGGAAAAGUGCACCUUUGUGAGUAAAGUCAAACCAUUGGAGACUUACAGCACUUGCUGUGGCUGUACAGACCAAUAUGGGAGAGACAUGUUUUGUUGAACAGAGACAGAUAAAAUUGUCCGGUUGUGCUGCUGCAGGUGCACCACAACAUUUCUUCUCUCUACUCCUCCCAGCAGUAAUUCUUCCUCUGGUCAUUGCUAUGGAUACACGACCUGACUGUUUCCUAAUAGUGCAAUUGUCUGCAAGGGAUUCCCAUAUGGCGGGAUUAAUGUUGCCAGCCUCCAUGUCACCUUUGCAGCCAUCUUUGUAACACAGAGAUGGUCUGCCAACUGACCUGGUGCCUAAAACCAGCUCCCCAUAGAGCAGGCCCUGGGGGAUUCUGCCGUCUUCCAUUCUGUAGACGUGACCAAGCUAGCGUAGAUGUCACUGAGACCAGAGUGCUGACAUGCUGGGAAUGUGGGCUUGGGAGAGCACAUCUUUGUUUGAGUCUCUGUCCUAUCAAGUGAUACCCAAAACCUUCCUGAUGCAGUUCAUGUAGAAGGUGUUGAAGCAUCACUCCUGGCAGGUGUAAGUUGUCCACAACUCACAUCCACAAAGCAGUGUGCUCAACAUGCAAGCCUGGUAGACCUUCAAUAUUAGCUCAAAGGAUAUGUGACUGUUUUUAGAUGUUACUGAUGUUUUCGUUUUACUAUUUUGUUUCACUGCUUUGUUUCCCACCCCUCCCCACCCCCCAAAUCCUGGGCUUCUUUGGGAUGAAGGGCAGGAUAGAAAUUUAAUUAAUAAGGAUGAAUAAAACUUUUUUUUCCUUCCCAUAACUUUCAGGCUCUCCUUUCUCUUCAACUUAAAAAAGUUUGCUUGAAAAGGGAAGACCAUGUCUUGGAUAAAAGAAGGAGAUUUGUCCAUCUUGGAGAGAUUCUGUGCCAGUGUGAUAAAGGUAAGUGUUAAGCUGAUGCUAUCACAAGUUAUUUGACUUGGAUGCUUGCAUGUGAGUGUUAGAAGUAUUGCUGCAUGUAUGAUGCUAUAGGGCUUGAAGGGUGAAGAGCUGAAUCCUGCCGGCAACCCAGAUCCCCUAUCUUGUAGGCCAUGAGACCUUGCAAAGCACCGCACAUCGCGAUGUCAUAUAUUACAUUUAGGUGGGCAUGCUUGGCCAGAACAGCCUUAUGGGCCAAAUGGGGAGGCCUUGCAGGUCUCAUUAAGCCCAUGAGCCAUAGAUUCCCACCUCUGCUAUAGGGGAACACCUCUGGAAAUUUUGGUCCUAGAGUCUCUCCUGGAGAACCCUCUUUCUGCAGUGGCAUUCCUUCUCUUGCCAGUGAUCUCUCAUGGGCCAGAGCUAAAUAUAGGCAGGGGCACCCACCUCUCUCUCCCCCCCCCACCCAAUAGUGUACUGCCGAGGGGACAGACAAAUUACUAUUCUCUAAGUUCUGUAGUGAUCACUUUCAGAACUCCGUAUGUUUCCUCCCUUCAGGCUUCCCACCUGACAUGGCAUUAGGCUAAGGGCCAGGUAUUGCCUGACCAAGAGCUGCAGGUUCCACAGCCCUGCCGUAGAGGAUAGCUCUUUUGGCCAUAGGCAGGAAGGAAUUUCAGGCAGAUAAGUGAGUGGGAUGGUGGAGAAGGGUUGGCUGGCUCUGCCUGUCCUCUGCACCCAGCCCAGAAACAAUGUGGGCUCCUGCAAGGAGGACAGAACUCCCUGUUCCUCCUCCACUAUUCCUCAGCAGGUUGGUGUGUGUGUGUGUGUGUGUGUAUGUACCGUAUUUUUUGCUCUAUAGGACGCACUUUUUCCCCUCCAAAAAUUAAGGGGAAAUGUGUGUGCGUCCUAUAGAGCGAAUGCAGGCUGCGCAGCUAACCCCAAAACCAGAACAGGGAGACGGAGCGCUCCGUCUCGUUCUUCUAGCUUGGGGUUAGCUGCGCAAAGCCUCUGCAGCACAGCGGGGUGCCUUCACCCCGCUGCCCUCCGGAGGCUACAAAGGCUUUCCCGGAAGCCUCAACCCUUUGGAGUGCAGCGGGAACUAGCGCUGCGCUCCAAAGGCUUUGGGUCAGUGAAAGGAACCCGAAGCCUUUGGAGCGCAACGCGAGGUCCUGCUGCGCUCCAAAGGCUUCAGGGAUCUUUGAGGCUGGCGGUGCGGGAAAGCAGUGCUUCCCCCCACCGCCAGCCCCACAAGCUCGGGGGGCAGCGGGAAGGCGGCGCGCUGCCUUUGCGCUGCUCCCCGACCUGGUUUGGAAGCUGGCGGUGGGGGAAAGCAGCGCGUGCAGCCUGUCCGCUGCUCCCAGAGCUGGGGAGGGGGGGGGGUAAAUCAUAUUUUUUUAUUUGAUUUCCCCCUCUGAAAACUAGGUGCGCCCUAUGGUCAGGUAUGCCCUGUGGAACGAAAAAUAUGGUAUAUUUGCAGGUUGCCAACCUUUAUGAGUAUAUGAACAAGGCUUUCCUAUGGUGCUCGUAGAUCUGCUAGGAUUAGGCUCUGGACCACCUUUCAGUUUCUGUGUUUUUCUUCUAAAGCUCAGCAGUUAUUAUUUUAAAAAACCCUGUAAUUUGGGGAGUAGAGGUGUACUGCUGACUUAAUCUGUGUCGCUUUUGCUCCUGCACUCUGCACACAACUGUUAUUUUCGGGCCGUUCCCCCCCCCCCGCCCCCACUUUGUGCUCACCUUUAGGGAGGGCAAGCCUGAGUUCAUGCCUUGUCCUGGUUUGGGAGGCCAUUAGCAAUACAUUCUCAUUGCGCUCCCUCCCUUAGCAAGUCUACCCACUCACUUCUAUUGCUGUGACCUAUUAUUGCUACCACCCGCUUGCUUGCCAGACAGAACCAGUGGGCAGACAAGCAGUGGGCAGCAGGUCUUUAUUUGCUCAUCCCUUCUGGGCCAGAAUGAGGCACAGGUGAACAAGCAAGACUAGGAGGAUCGGGUCCAGGUGGUUUGAAUGUGGGCUAUCAGCAGGUGCCUGAUUCUGCUGACCUUUGAUCUCUGCCCUGGCUCAUGAUACAUGCUUAGGCUGAAAUUGAGUUUGAUUAUCAUUUUUCUGACAGCUUAUCAUUUCUCUGCUUUCUCCCCCCCCCCCUUUGCAUUUAGGCAGGCCCAAUGCCCAAGCACAUCGCCUUCAUCAUGGAUGGCAACCGCCGUUAUGCUCAAAAACACAAAGUGAAAAAAAUAGAAGGACAUUCACAGGGAUUUGCAAAACUAGCACAGGUGAGGAGGACCUUUUCUAGACAAGUGGCUGUUUAGGAUGCAAAGGCUGAGAUGGUGGCUUCAAGAUUUAGUUCACAUUUGCCUUGGCUAGGUCAAAAUGUGUGUGUCUAAUCACCCUGUUCCCUGUUCUUUUUUCUGUCUGCCUGGGCUCAAUUUCUUCCUUUUGAGGUCCAGAUUAAAAUUGCUGACUUUAAUCUUUACAGCCUUAAAUGGCUUGGGACCAAGUUACUUUAUAUACAGUUUUCUCCCCUCUGUACUUACCUGAAUCUUAAAAGCUUCAAGGGGUUUGUUUUGGGUUCUCUGGAUGAAUUGAGGUGGGUAACCUCCAGGGAGAGGGCCUUUCCAGUGGUGGCACCCCAGUGGUCAUUGGAGAGAUUAUUUGAUGAGCACAAAGGGAGCAAAAACUACCUGUUUAGCAGAUAUCCGUAAAUCAAAUGAGGAGAGAGGUUUGCGUGUGUUUCUGUAACUAUUUGAUGAAGGGUGACCCAAAAACAAAAAUUUAGUUUUAGUGAUUAGUUUGUUGUCACUUUGAAUAAAUAUCUCCUUUUCUACAGACACUGCAGUGGUGCUUGAGUCUGGGUAUCCGGGAAGUCACAGUCUAUGCCUUUAGUAUUGAGAACUUCAAGCGAUCCCAGGAAGAAGUGGAAGGCCUGAUGGAGAUGGCAAGGCAAAAAUUUACCCGUCUUCUAGAAGAACAGUAAGCUCCUUCUUUCUAACCUUCCGCCGCAACCUGCAAGUCCAGGGCCGGGAACCUGAGACCUUCCAGUUGUCAUUGGACUCCAACUUCCAUCAGCCCCAGCUAGCAUGGCUAAUGGUCAGGGAUGAUGGGAGUUGUAGUCUAGCAAGAUCUGGAGGGUCACAGGUUGCCCUCAUUUGCUGUUAAGGAACAUGAUGUAUUUCUGCAUGCAUUUAAAAGUUAGGCCUGACUUGAGUCAUCACUUCUGUCACCGGCAGGAAACAUUGAAUUGUAUUCAACUGACUUUUACUCAGAACAAACCGAUUUAAAUUAAUGGACCUAAGUGAGUCAAAGCCGUUCAUUUCAGUGGGUCCAUUCUGAGUAAAAGUCAGUUGGAAAGGACCCAUGAAUUAAUCCUGCAUUAGAACAUGAUUUUUGCCCUGGUGGGGGAAAUUGCAGUAAAUAUACUUGAUUCUAAAGUAGCUUUUUUGUAUUGUCUCAAAGGCAAACUGUUGGAAGCAGGGUUUGGUUAUUUGUUUUACAUAUGUAUUUGCCAUUCCCACAAAUGUUCCCAAGCCAGUUUACCUAAGCAAAAUAUUCCUUUUAUUAAAAUAAAAAAAAAUACCGCUGAAUAAAAGCAAUAAUAACCUAUAUAAGCAGCAUAAAAUCAUUUGGUGGAGAGAGAAAGACAGUUUAGCAGUUUAAACAAAUUAACAGGCCUGGGGAAAUAGAGGUCUUUGCUGCUGCCAAAAAAAGACAUCAAGGUGGUUGCCAGGUAAACAUAUUGGGAAAUUAUUCCAUAAUUGAGGUGCCACCACUGAAAAGGCCCCAUCUUCAUUACCUGCCUGCCACAUUUCACCUAGUAAUUUGGAGAAAGACCUCAGGUGAAGAUCUUUAGAGUCUUGGUAGGUACAUAUGGAAACAAAUGUCACACUAGUUGUCAGUCUCCUUAGUGACUAAAAUUUUUGUAUAAUUCUACAGGGAAAUGGCUGAGGUUUCUGUGAACUGACAGAUUAGUAACUGAGGAUAUGGAAUAUUGCUGUGCUUUAACUUAUUUUUGGAACAAUACCUUCCCAAAGUUUCAUCCAUUUAUUUUAUUUUCAGUAUAUAAUUUCAAGGGCAUAAGCUUUAGCAGAUUAGUGUCUACUUUGUGAAGUGCCAUAGGAGGCACAUGUGUGGGGUGAUGGUGGAUGGAGGUAAAGAAAAUCUGGUCAACAGUGAUGUUGGAGGGAAUUGAAAUGGAAAAAAUAGAGACUGUGACAAUUAAAAGCUUAAAUGUACAUGCAUGGGCCAGUUACAAAGCAGUGCUGAUCACAUAAACAUUAGUAGGCUAAUUAACCCCUGUGGUGAUAAUAUGAGAGCAAGAAAGAGACCUGCAUAAAAUUAUUACAAUUUUGUGAUCAUUUCUAACAUUUAUUAAUUCAUAAUUAUUAAAUUAUUUACAUACCAUUCUCUUGCAACAAACCAAGGGGAUGUUUACCAGCAAAUCUUUUUUAAAAAAUGAUAUUUUAUUGAACUGUUUUAAAUUAUAAAGCAAUAAAGUGAUACAAACAAAAAAAGGCACAAAACUCUGUAAGGGAGGGGGGAUAUAUGAAUAUAUACAACAAUACCCUAACCCAUACAUUCUUUUAUAAAUUUGAUACUGUUCUAACACUAAUGUAAAUAUUAAUAGCCUACCACAUUUUAUAUAAAUGCAUUCCAAAUAUUAUCAUUUAUCCAAGCAGAGUCUACGUCUGUAAACAUGUCUGUUCAUCAGUUGCAAGUGUUAUCAUAUUAUCAAAAGGAGAUCAUGUAUCCAUAUCAGUCUCUUGGCUACCAUUAAAUCACAGAAAAUCUAUUUUCGUUGUCCCAUUGUUAACUUCCUGCAACAAAUUAAGCUAAGAAACCUGGAGGUAUAAUAUUUAUAGGUAUAUUAUUCAUGUUUCUGCAUAUUUUUGCACUACAAAAUAAAAUAAAACUAGCCUGAGUUUUUAGAGGUCUUCCUGUGAAUAGCUGCUGCUUGACUGUAUUACAGCUGUUAGUGGUACCAGGAUAAAAAGAGAAAUGUAGUUGUGUUUUGAAUUUUACAGGGUCAAAUAGACCAUUAGUGUAUAUUGACAGAGCAGCAGAAAGAAACUAGAAUAGUGGGUACUUACUGGGUUCUUUUCAGUUCUGUGCUGGACUAUGGAGAGUUUGGAGGAUUAUUCCACAUCCUUGUGCUAUUAUCGGGAUGAAAAUGGCCAUUAGGAAUCGAGUUUCCACAGGCUGCAACAAUGCCUGCUUUCUCAAACACACAGUUGACCUGAAGAAAUACAGUGGUACCUCUAGAUACGAACGGGAUCUGUUCUGGAGCCCCAUUCGCAUCUAGAGGUAAAUGUAACUAGCAACGGCACGUCUGCGCACGCAUGCGUCGCUUUUCGCUGCUUCUGUGCAUGCGCAUGAUGUCAUUUCGAGCGUCUGCACAUGCGGCGAAACCCGGAAGUAACGCACUCCGUUACUUCCGGGUUGCCGAGGAGCACAACUCGAACACGCUCAACUCGAAGCAUAUUUAACCCGAGGUAUGACUAUACUUGAUAGAAGGUCUCUCUAGAGAUGAUGCUGGACUCUCAGUUCCCUCAGUCCCAACCAUUGGUGCCCACAGGGCCUCUGGGUAUGGUCUGAAAAUACAUGAGGACCACCAUCUUGCUGAUUGUGAGCAAGGCUCUGAUCAGUGCCUGGAUGGAUAACCACCUGAGAAUCUCAUGUAUGCCAUGAGAAAAGAAAGUUGGGGUUUAACUAAAUCUGGAGGGGCACAGGCUUUCCUACCUAUUAUUGUUAUUAUCAUUAUCAUCAUCAUUUAAUAAUAAAAUUUAUAUACUGUCCUUCAUCACAUAAUAAAAUACAAAAUAAAACACAAGUAAAUAAUUAAACCAAUGUUAUUUAUCAUUGAGAUGAGGGUAGCAUGAUGGUUAAGAGAAUGAGCUGUGAACAAGGAUAUCCCCAGAUUAGUCAGCUGUCAUGAAUUCAGUGGGUGGUUUGGGGGCAAGCUCCAAACCCCAUUCCCACUGCUGUUUAUAUAGGGAUAAUCGCUGUAACCUACUCCACAAGAUUGUGCAUUACAGAAUAAUUGUAUGUGGAAUGUAAGAAAAGAAAAGAAAAGUGUCAUAUGAUAGCUAUUACAUUAAUUAUAAAGUAUGUUUCAUACUGUCCUGUCCUGUACUUGAAGUGAAACUUCAGGGUUUGCCAAUAGCUGACUGGUUAACUAUGGGAAGAAAGGUUGUUUGGACUGGAAUUAUUAACCCAACUGGCUGUAACCUGCUAGCUGGUAUAUAAUUUACAUUGGGAAAAGUGUCUGGGGAAACCCAGCCAGAUGAGCGGGGUAUAAAUAAUAAAUUAUUAUUAUUAUUAUUUAUUGGGAAUAAUAAAUUAUUAUUAUUAUUAUUAUUAUUAUUAUUAAUAAUAAUAAUUGGGAAUUUUUAUAUUUUCAAAUUAUCUGUUGGUAUAAAGCAAACUUUAUUAAUUGGAGCAGUUAUAUCUUUCCCUCCACUGCUCUCCUAGAGCUAAGAUCUGCUCACAACCAAAACUCAUUUCAAAUGAUACCAUAACACUGAUAAGAGGGACAGCCAGUAAAGGAAGUAAACAGAGACCCAAACAGCACUCUUGGAGCUUCAGUGUGUGUCCUUCCUCUGAAGUGAAACAAUUAAGGUGCUUAAUUUGUAUAUUAAAUUGUCUAGAAUCUUGGGGGAGCUGCUCCAAUUUAGACCAAGAUGAAAGUAAAUAUAAUUCUUGUCUAGGGUGGGUAUGAACAGCAUUCUUCCUACUGUAGCGUAAACCUGAUUAUAUGAUUUUUUUCUCAGGUUACGUCUAAGAAGAGUGGGCAUUCAGUUGGGACCCUGAAGGCAAUAAUUUUUAUUGGGGCUCUUAGCCAGUGGAGCCUGGCAAUGGCAGGAUUGAGCACCUUUGCCUUCCACCCUAGGCUGAAGCAAAGUGCAACUGUGUAGAUACUCUGGUCCCCUCUUGUAAAAGUCAGUAGACUAAAUGAAUUAAUGUUUCCCCAUGCAAUGGGUUUGAAAAACCAACACCCACACAAUACACUUCAUUGAUGUUCAUUCACAGCUCAUUAAAGUACAGUGGAACCUUGGUUCUUAAACUUAAUCCAUUCUGGAAGUCCAUUCCAAAACCAAAGCGUUCCAAAACCAAGGCGCGCUUUCCUGUAGAAAGUAAUGCAGAAUGGAUUAAUCCGUUCCUGGCUUUUAAAAACAACCCCUGAAACAGCAAUUUAACAUGAAUUUUACUAUCUAACGAGACCAUUGAUCCAUAAAAUGAAAGCAAUAAACAAUGUACUGCAGUCACACAAUCAAUCAGUCAAUCAAUCAGUGGCUGAACUGGGUUCCACACAGUCACAAAAACAAAACAAAAAAGAGCCACAAAAACGCAAAAUAAAUAGCAAGAACAGACAGACCUCAGUGUAACACUCAAAAAAGAAGUGUGGCACUCAAAUCGUCAGCAUAACACUCAAAACGGAGGCGUAACACUCAAAACGGAGCAUGUUCGGCUUCCGAAUAAAGUUUGCAAACUGAAACACUUACUUCCAGGUUUGUAGUGUUUGGGUUCCAAUUUGUUUGCGUACCGAGGCGUUUGAGAACCAAGGUACCACUGUAAGCUGAAAUCAUGGCUGCUGGAUGAUAUAGUAAACAUCUUUGGAGCUUUUGGCAGGACAGUUUCAAAUGUGUUGCUGUCUUGUCAUUGUUCACGUGGCCCCAGAUCCAACUCUUGCUUGCGUGGAAAACCCUUGUGACUUGUAUUCUUCUCUCCCCCACUCCUCCAUGUGUCCUGUUGCAAGAUGUAAGCAGAAUCUCUGAAUAACUGAGUGUCGGUUAAUAAUGACUCUAUACUGUAUGUGCUGGCAUUGCUGGGGUUUGUCUUGUCUGUUGUGUGAGUCAAAUUCCUCCAUCCUCUUCCUCUUCUCCCUUUUAGGGAGAACUUGGAGAGACACGGUGUGUGUGUUCGUAUCCUCGGGGACCUGCCCCUCCUGCCGAAAGAUAUCCAGGAACUAAUUGCCAAAGUUGUGCUGGCAACGAGGCACUACAACACGUGAGUCCUGUUGCAAAGUCUUGCCAUUUUAAAACAUGGUUUUUAUUGGAGUCAUCACAAGACCAUAAAAGCAAACAGAACAUCAGUAGGGGCAUGUUUGUCAGAUGUUUGAACAAAAACCAAGUGAUCAUUCAUUACUCUCAUUGUGCAUGUCUGUAUUUAAUGUCAAAAUGGGGCAGGGAGGUAUUAAGUCAGGCCACUUCCUGUACAUAACCUCUCUGCAAUUGUAUCAGAAACCCUGGGCCCAUCCAUACCUUGGCUUUGUGUGGAUUAUGAACCCUUUGUGCUUCCUUUAAUUGUGUAGUAGUAGUAGUAGUAAUAGUAAUAGUAAUAAUAAUUUUAUUAUUUAUACCCCACCCAUCUGGCUGAGUUUCCUCAGCUACUCUGAGCGGCUUACAGAAUAUAUAAAAUACAAUAAAGCAUCAAACAUUAAAAACUUCCUUUCAGCUUCCUUUUAGGAGGAGAUUCAGAAUAGACUAUCAGUUUAAUUGGAUGUUUAAGUUCAGGUAUGAUGAGGGAGGAAAACUUUCUUAACACCGUGCAUCAUUUUUCUUCUCUCUUUAUUUUUAAAAGGUGUUUUUUGAACAUUGGUAUUGCAUACACAUCAAGACAAGAGAUUAGCAAUGCGGUGAAAGAGCUGGCUUGGGGAGUCGAAGAAGGACUGCUUCAACCCAGGUAACCUUGCAUGUUUGAUUUCUGCAAUGGGGCUGCUGUGGAAGCAUCCACUCUGUGGCAUACCAUCUUCAGACCCAGGUUGAACUCUGUUCCUUAGGCUUGGCAGAAGGAGCUGGAUCAUCAUAGUGCUGACUAUCGGGCCCUUGUGCCCACAUGAAACCAGAUUUUCCCAACCCCCACCCCCAUACUGCUGACGCCGCCACUCCUUGGAGCACAUUCCUGUACACUGAUUGGCUGGCCAUUGUGUCAAUCAUGAAGAGCAGUUUUCAAAGCAUGAAAACCUUUUUUUAAAAAAAAACAAAAAAUAAAAUAAACCAAAAAACACCAGCAACCUUAAAGCACUAAGCAAACAUUGGAGGGCAUAAAUAUGCAAGGCUCUUGGAAAUGCAAACAAAUCAGUCAUGACAUCCGAAGCCUCAGCGGAAGGGCAAGCUGGCAGUCAGGACUUGAGUCGCAGGCUCUACCUGUGCUGCUUAGGGAAAGGUUGGGGAAAGCAAAGCUCAGGCUGCAGGAGGAAAGCUCAUGCCGGUUACAGUUUUCCAGUCUGUUUGUACACAGCCAUAAUAAUACUUUUGCAAGGCUAGCCUACAUGGUGCCCUCCAGGUGUUUCUGGACUUCAACUCCCAUCAGUCCCUGCCAGCAUGGCCAGCGGUCAGAGAUAAUGGGAUUGUAGUCCACCAGCAUCACACUGACUUACUCCCAGAGUCCUACACCACCUCCUCGUCUACAUUCUCCACUGCAACUGUCUGGGCCUUCCCACAGAAGUCCAAUGCCAUUCUGAAACCCCUUAAAUGUCUUAGAGAAGCAGUGGUGGAUCUUGGGGUCUCAAAUUUCAGCAGUGCCCUGGGUGAUGCCAAAUUUCAGCAACCCUCCACCUCUCACACUCCAUUCUAAAUCAUAGUUGCCGGGGCCUGAGGCCCGCGCCAGUGCGACCAAACCUCUUGAGAGAAGUCACGUGUACUAAAACUCAGUGUGCCACCUUUCUGUCUCAAAUACCUGCCCAUACAGCUUUUUUGAAACCAAGCAAAACUAUUUGAAAAACAAAAGAAACACACAGCAAGCAAAUGCUACAACAAACAGCAUGAAACAGACCGCUGGGUUCUCAGUAGGAGGUUGCUAAGCAGUGCUGGUGACAUGUCCCAGGCUGCACCCUUUCCUGAGCCAUACAAGUGCAAGCACAUGGAGUUCCAUUUAGGCAGAUGUGGACUGGGGAAGGAGGAGGAGCAGCUCCACACCUGGCACAGAAACCCAAGAAACCAAAUCAGGCUGAAAGAGGAUGAGCAGAAUUCUCUAUCUCUCUCUGCCAGCCCCCAGGAGGCUGGUGACACAUUCUGCAUGCUAGUUACUCUUAUUCACAAGGUUUUUCCAUGCACUGAGCUGGUUCUUUAGAACUUCCCUGUUCUUUCAAGUCUCUGGAGGGCGUGAGGACAAAACACAAGUGGAUUUAUUUUAGGUUUAUGAUCUUACAGAUGUCAUGGUCUUAAAUGCUGGUACACUUUGUAUUGCCUUUUUGUGUUUGUGGUUGUAACUGUGUUGCAUUUCUUCUUCACCUACUUGGUGCAUUCUUCUCUGGCGGAAAAGUAGUAUUGAAAUGAGAAAGAAAAAUAAGUGCCAUAAACAAAGAAUGGGCAAUUAGGCAUAGUGCUAGUAUAGAUUCAAGAGUUGUUUGUUUUUUUAUUUGGAGUUUAGAAACUCCAAAUAAAGGGCACAUCUCCCUUGUGCCCUUUAGAAUCUGCUCCACACUUUAGAAACAAUAAUAAAAUGAGUCUGAUUGUAUAUGAAACAUGUUUAUCAAAUGUAUCUGGUGCCAGUUUACUCCUUACCACCCAAAGCAAGUUCAAACAAAGUCCUCAGUGCUUUCAGAAAAAUGCUUGGAAUUUGCUUCUUGGGGAAGGCAGUUUCCUAAGUGGGUAGGCCAUGCUGCUCUCUGUGCCCUCCUUUUCUUCUUUAAGGAGAUUGGCACUCGGUUGGAAUAAUUUAAAGUUAAGAUCCAGAGGUGCAGAAAUAAGCACAUGGUGCCGUCUUUCUAGUCUUCAUGGCUAGGAGCCUCACCACUGCCUCCUAGCCAUGAUGAUGAGUGUAGGCUACCCCUGAAUUCAGAGACAGUAAACCUCUGGAUACCAGUUGGAGGAGCGACAGCAGGUGAGGGUUGAUACCCACAUGUACCACUUACGGGUUUUGCCAUAGGCAUCUGCAUGGCUGCAGUGUGUGAAGGAGGAUGCUGGAAUACGUGGGCCUCUUCUUCUUUGCCUGAUCCAGAUGGUCUUCAUGGUCCACCUAAUGUGCAUUCCAUUUUGUAGAUAAACAUUGGCUCCCUAAUUUAAGUUUUGUGUCUUUUAGUGAUGUAUCGGAGUCGCUGAUCGACAAGUGCCUGUAUACCUGUAAAUCUCCUCAUCCAGACAUCCUAAUAAGGACUUCCGGAGAAGUCAGACUUAGCGAUUUCAUGCUCUGGCAGGUAACAGUGAACUGAAAUUACCCAUGAGGUUGGAAGAGUGAGAUCCACCUCUCCUGCUCUGCUUGGUCUUGUUUAGAAAUAAUUUGGCUCUGGGGAUUUUGUUGUACCGUUUCAGGAAAGAUUUUUUCAUUUCAGCUUUGGGGGUGGAAUCUAAAUCUCUCUUCAUUAAACCAUUAGAAUAAAAAUACAUUUGAAGAUAUUCAGUCCUGCAUCACGUACUGGAAUUCCAGCGUGAACAAAGGAGCUGUCAGAUCAGGGCUAAAUGUUGAGAGUCAAUGUCAAGCUUUAAAAACAAUAAAGCCACUCCUACGGGCUCCAAAAAUCUUGUUCAGAUAUAAAACUGAUGUUGCAUAAAUGACUGGGUCAUGCCUCAAAGAAAGUCUUCUGAAACAAAAAUGUACUUAGUAGGCACCUAGGCAGCUUGUUGCUGGUGACUGAUUUCGGCUGGGAACUGAUUCCAGAGAAAUGGAACUGCAGAACCAAAAGUCUGGUUUCUAGUGCAAGUUAAGGCAUAUGGUACUCUCAACACUAUUGCAUCUGAGCAGAGCAGUAGCUUGGUAGGGCUAUAUUGGGCAAGGGUCACCCUUCCAGAUCAAGUUUUUUAGGCCUUAGAAUGCUAAAAGCAAAACCUUGAACUGUACCACUAGCUAGUGCAGCUCCCUCAGCAGAGGUGUUUUAUGGUGUCAAUAGAAUACCUCAACAAAUGGUGUCAAUAGAAUACCUCAACAACCAACCUAGCUGCUGCAUUCUGCACUAGCUGCAGCUUCUGGAUUAAGCUGCAUGCAGGUGCCAGUCCUAAGCCAUGGAUAUGCCUCUGAAUAUCUGUUGCUGGGAGGUUUGUGGACUUCCUGGUUGGCCACUCUGAGAACAAGAUGCUAAACUAGAUGGGCUUUUGGUCUGAUCCAACAGAGCUCUACUUCCCAUACUGCUAACAUUACAGCAGGAGUGGCCAGCCUGUGGCCCUCCAGAUGCCACUGAAGAUCAGCUCCCAACAGCCCCACCUUGAGUGGUCAAGGACAAUGGCACUAUACCCCAGCAGUGUCUGGAAGGCCACAGGUUAGCUGCCCCUGAAUUACAGCUUUUCGUUUUAUGCUAAAGCAUGAACUAUAAAUGGGGAAAUUUCCUUUCAGGAUUCCCCCUUUGAUUUCCAUGUCCCAUUUGCUAAGGGACCUCUUCACCCCAUAUAUCCCUAGCUGGCAACUGCCCCCCUCAGCUGGAGAAUUCUGGGAGUACCACAUGUCCCAGAGGUGCACUUAGCCUGUACCUAGAACCUGGGCUUUGAGUCUUGCAGCUACAGCCUUCUGGAAUCGGUUAUCAGCUGAGAUUAAACAGGCACCUAUCAUUUUGAUGUUUAGGAGGCUAGUGAAUUGUGUAGGUUGAAUGUGAAGCAAGUGCAGCUCUCACCCUGCUUUGCAAAUGCCAGGGUCAUUCUACCUGCUGGUUUCCUGCAACAUGAUCCUUUUCCCAGCAGAAAAGGAGGGGUGUGCUUUGCUACAAAAAGGACUGCAAGAAGCAGGCCUGCAAGAAUCUGUGCUCUUUGGCCUGCAUUAGAGUUGGCUAACCUUUUCCAGGCAGAGGGCCACGUGGACCCCAUGGUUGUCCAGGAGGUAUGGCCAAAGUGGGAAAAUGUGCACAACAAGAACUGUAGUUCUCAAGGCUGCCUUCCAACACAUUUUCCCCAUAAUGUUGUUUUGUUAUUUUUAUUGUAACAUAAAAAGUGUUACUAGCAAACAAAAGUUCAGUAGCAGGGUAUCACAUCAUACUAUACAGAAAACAAGCAAGCAAGCAAACAAAAAAAGGAUAAGAGGAAGAAAUGGCAAUACACCAGUCUAAAUUGAGGCAUCCAUAUUUCCUGAGCUGGCAUGGAUGGUGAAUGUUGGUCAUCGAAGUCCAAAGCAUGAGAAAUAAAAUCCCACCAGAAAUAAAAUCCCACCAGCAAUCUGGAUCAUUCAUCCCUCUGGAUAAACAGUGUUAUCCCCACCCCCCACCCCCUGCAAUAGCUGAAGUCCAUAUGUUCUUAAACCAUCCUGGCUGCAGUUAGCAUCCAUGCCAAAGGUUGUUUAGAGAAACAAGCCUUCACAUUAACAGUCAUCAUGUUCAGUAAAGACAAUUCUGGGGAAGCCUGUAUGGGUGAUUUAAUUAUUUUAGAUAUUUCUUGAUAAACUUGAGACUAUUCAAAACCAUUGUUAUAAGUAAGUGUUAAAGUCAUUGUUUUAAAAUGACUUGGAGUGGGGUGGCUUGGAGGGGUACAAGCCAUUUGGCAUCACAAUAGUACAGUGAGGGACCUACAUGAGCUGUUGGGAUGGGGAGAGGAGAGGAUUUUUUAAUUUCUUUUUUUAUGGAGAAAUUUGGGGGGAGCCACAAAUAGCUUUUGGUAUCACAGCAGGGAGCCACUGGAGUGUGUGUGUGUGUGUGUGUGUGUGUGUGUGUGUGUGACAGAGAGGGAGAGAGACAGAGAGUGUUAGAGUAGACCACAGGUUGUCACCUCAGGCAUACAUCCUUAGAGCUCAAUUCCCUUCCUUCUCCUACCCCCAAUCCCCACCCAAAAAAAACCAGAAAACUUUUUAGAGCUGUAGUGUUGGACUGAUCAUGCUCCCUUCACUGCCAAAAGGCUACUGAGGUGGAAUGGCAAUUGGUAUUGGAUGUGCACACUCUAGAGUGAGUCCUCGCAGCCUCAGUCCUUUCUAUUAGCAGCAGUGGGGCAAUGGGGAAGUCACUUUUCAUUACUGCAAAGGUCAUAGUGCAAAGCUAAACACCUCUCUGCCCUGUUUUCACAUUCUUAUAGUGGAAUUUUGAGGUUACAGGAUUCCAGCAUGGUCCAAAGUAGCUGCACAUAACCCAUGCAAUCAAUGAAUAGGAAUGUAUGUAGCAUAUGGAUGAAAGGCCUUUUGUGGGUUUGUGCUAGAAUAAUUUCACUGGCCAACGUUGCUUGAUUCUGUGGUGGUCUUCCCUCUGCAGGCUGCCUGUUAAACUCCUUGUUUUUCUUUCUGCAGACAUCUCAUACAUGCUUGGUUUUCCAGUCUGUGUUGUGGCCAGAUUACUCCUUCUGGAACUUGUGGGAAGCUGUCCUUCAGUUCCAGAUGAACUACAAUGCUUUGCAGGUAACACCCGGAGGGCACAAAUCUGAGGCAAAUCUGGCAAACCCAGAACUCCCCAUCGACAUAUUAUGAAUAUUAACUGACUUUCUCAAGACUUAAAAGACUGGGAAUUGUGCCAGGUUUUUUUGUUUGUUUGUUUUUUUAAAGACUUAUUGCUUUAAAAGCAAGCAUUCCCCAUCUCAACUGUAACACUUGAGCAAAAAUUAUUUGCCUCUCAUGUCAUUUAUAUAUUCAUGGGCUGAACACAAGAUUUAAUAAUAAUAAUAAUAAUAAAAAUAAUAAUAAAAAUAAUAAUUUAUUUAUUUAUUUAUUUAUUUAUGCCCCGCCCAUCUGGCUGGGCUUCCCCAGCCACUCUGGGCAGCUUCCAAAAAAAUAUUAAAAUACUGUAUAAUAAUAAUAUAAUAAUAGAUCCCAAUUUCUGGAGAUCAAAUUUUGAGUAGGAUUUGGUGAGGUCCUCCUAGUUUGUUUUAUGGGUAGACCGUAGAAUUAGUUCAAAGCUGGUAAAAAUAAGUUUCCUAAUACCAAAAUGGUUAAAUAUAUGACAUCAUCAUAAAAGGUAACUAAGCCCAAAUGUGCCCCUAGUGAAAAUGGUAUUAGGUGAUCUAGAAACAGAUUUAGACAUUGGGUGAUGUUCAGUGUUCAUCAUAUGCAGAACAGACCUAUUGAAAUGUUUCUGAUAGCUUUUCCAUUGUGGGUAGAUUUUAAAGUGGGUCAGAUGUCUUCUUCUGUUUCAGUUAAAUACUAGUCAAAAAUACUAGACUAGUUAAAUACUAGUCAAAAAUCAGAAGUGCAGAAAUAUUUGAUAGUGACCAAAUACACUGAAUUUUUGCAUGUAGCAAGACAAAUGCAUUGCCGUAGAACGGAAUGCAAUUGCUUGGUGAGAGUGUGUAUGGAAGAAAAAUAAUUUUAGGAAGAGGGAGCAAACUCUAACUCUGAGAAGCAUCAGGGAUUGAGUGUUCUUUGUUUGUUUGUUGGGAGCUGUUGCAUGGUGGAUGGAGAGGCAUUUGGGAACCAAACGGAAGCAAAUUUCUCCAGCAAUUUUUGCUUCUCUAUUCCAGGGAAGCCAGUGAGGUGCUUUGAAGAUGUUAAGGCACACCACUCUCAUCAACCUUGACUAAGUGGCCAUGCUGGCUGGGGCUGAUGGGAGUUGUAGUCCCGCAAACAUCUGGACGGCACCACAUUGACUCUCCCCCUAUUGACUAUUAGGCUUGCUUCAUUUUCAUCAACUCAUAUGCCAUUUCUUUUCAGAAAGCCAGGGAUUUGUACAUGGAAGAAAGGAAGUGGCAGCAGAUGGAAAAUGACAAGAUCUGUGUGCUGGAGAAGCUGAAAGAGGAAGGUUCUGCAUCCUGUACAGAUGCGCAGAGACGGCGGACUCUCCUCCAGGAAUGCAGAGCUAAACGGGAAGAGAGAAUCCAGAGUUUUUUGCAAGCCCUGGAGAAUAAGCACAUGGACUUCCUGGAAAAACUGAGUAUGGCAUCAGCAUGA